CCUGUGUCAGAAGUAGCAGUCCAAUAAGGAGUUCAACCCACACGACGGAGAAGGAAGGCAUGUUGGAGAAGAAAAUGUCGGAGCUCAAAAUAUCAGGGCCAUGUGUGAAGUGCAGUGGGGGAGUGCCUGGAGGCAGCCAGGCCUGCCGCGCUCUGGGACAGCUCUACCACGACAGCUGUUUCAUCUGCAGCGCCUGCAACCAAAGACUACGAGAACAGCCCUUCUACAGUGUGUCUGGUAAACUGUUCUGCGAAGAUCACUUCAAGCAGCACUCUGAGGCCCAUCCUUCAACACAAACCUGUGACUCAUGUGGCUAUCUCAUCAAGGAUACGGUCCUUCAGGCUUUUGGGAGCUGCUACCACCCAGCCUGUUUCUGCUGUGUCAUCUGCUGCCAAAGUCUGGAAGGAGCACCAUUCUGCCUGGACUCAACAAAUAGGGUGUACUGCCUCGAGGACUACCAGAGGUAUGUGGCUCCAAUCUGUGCCACCUGCCGUCGUCCCAUUCUGCCUUCUGAGGGCUCAGCGGUCACAGAGCGCAUUGUGUCAAUGAACCGAGAUUACCAUGUGGAUUGUUUUCACUGAGUUGGGAUCAUACCGAGUCAUCCACUCCCUGAGAAAUAGACUGCACGAAGGAUCGGAAGGUCAUGGCCAUCACAGUCAAACGCAAGCCUGAAUCAUGACCAGAUGUCCACUGUAGCCGUGAAGGCAAGCACUUUUAAGGGAAACCAUCAUUAGUUCAUUGUGAACAGCUUUCAGUUUUCUUUACAGUUCACACUCAAUUGUGUUUCUUUGGAACAAUGGCUUAUUCUGAGUUUUUAUUCUGAGUUAAUUAACCCCUACCUGAGUAAACUUUAUUGUAUGA